AUGUCGGAUUCCCAUUCUGUCAACUUCCAAGUGGAACCAAGCCAUCAUGAGCAUGACGAUGGGGACGUACCAAACAACAACACGCCCCCCGUUAAUCCUGUUCAAGUCGGAUCAUCGGUGGGCAACGAACCGGCCGGCGAGAAUAACAGGGUCAUGCUGCAACAGCUCCAAAACCAGUUAGACGUGGCUAUGGCUCAGUUGCAGGCCCAGCAAGAGAUCAUAGCACAAUUGCAAAAUCGGGGUCAGGCACCCGAUAUUGCCCCAUCAGAACAGACCCAGGAUACAGAGGAAAGACAUACCCCACGGGGUAACGAGAACCACCCCGGACAAAGUACCGAAUUGAUAAGAAUGCUCGAAGAAUUGACCAAACAGGUCGAGUCCAGUGAAAAGAAGAUAGAGGCGAACGACAAGAAGGUGGAGAACUACAACUCGAGGGUCGAUCAGAUUCCGGGGGCUCCACCAGUGUUGAAGGGACCGGAUUCGAAAAAGUUUAUUCAAAUGUCGUUUCCGCCGAGUGCGGCACCAAUGAAAAUGCCCAAGAGAUUUCGCAUGCCCGAUAUCCCGAAGUAUAAUGGGACAACGGACUCAAAUGAGCAUAUGACUGCGUAUACGUGCACUAUUAAGGGUAAUGAUCUCGCUGAUGACGAAAGGGAAUCGGUGCUACUUAAGAAAUUUGGGAAAACUCUGUCAAAGGGGACUAUGAUUUGGUAUCAUAACUUGCCCGAGCACUCGAUUGAUUCAUUUGCCAUGCUCGCUGAUGCUUUCGUUAAGGCCCAUGCCAGGGUUAUCAAGGUCGAAACUCGAAAAUCAGACUUAUUCAACGUUAAACAACGAGAUGAUGAAACCCUUCGCGAGUUUGUGGCUCGAUUUCGAAUAGAGCGCAUGGACUUACUUCCAGUUACUGACGAUUGGGCCGUUCAGGCUUUUUCCCAAGGGCUUAACUCGAGGAGCUCGAUCACAUCUAUGGAACUAAAACACAACUUGAUAGAAUACCCGGCAAUCGCCUGGGCUAAUGUACACAACAUGUAUCAGUCGAAGAUCAGGGUCGAAGAUGAUAAGAUUCUGAGGGCCGCUUCAGUAUCAUGGCAUUUCGGUAAAAGAGGUCAUCGCUCGAGGAUAGUGAUAGAUCAAAAUUCCAGAUCGUUAUAUGACAGAUACCGGUCUUACCCGCUCGAUCGAAGAGGGAACGGGCGUAACAGCGAAUCGGGCAAGAAUGAUAGGAGAAACGAUCGAGGCAGAAUAGCCGUGGCUUGCCAUCGAACCGAGGAUUGUCGACAGCUGAGAGAGGAGGUCGCCCGUCUGUUCAAUUUGGGACAUCUUCGAGAAUUCCUAAGUGAACGAGCAAAAACCCAUUUUAAAAGCCUGGAUUCCAACAAGCAGGAUGGGCCGGAAGAGCCUCAGCAGGUGAUACACAUGAUCAUGGGAGGAACUGACGUUCCCAUUGGGCCAGUUAUGAAGCGCACGAAAAUUUCCAUAACGAGGGAAAAGCGUAUCCGGAACGAUGACCCCGAUGGCCCCAUCACGUUCGAUGACGAGGAGAUGGAAGGCAUCGCCCAGCCGCAUAAUGACGCACUGGUAAUAUCUGUCCUUGUCAAUAAGUUUAGAAUUAAACGUGUGCUGAUUGAUCCAGCAUGUGAAACGACGAAGGGUGAGAUCACUUUACCAAUCAGUAUGGCAGGAACUACGCAACAGACAAAAUUUUAUGUGAUAGAGGGAGACAUGGGAUACAAUGCAUUGCUGGGCAGACCAUGGAUUUACCUCGUAAGAGCGGUUCCAUCAACUAUGCAUCAGGUAUUGAAAUUCCCGACUCCAGAAGGUAUCAAAACCGUCCGUGGUGAACAGCAGGCCACAAAAGAAAUGUUCGCGGUUGAAGAAUCUAUUAAGACUAUAAUUGCGCCAGAUCGGAGCAAAGGGAAGAAUGCCAAAUAG